GGUAAAGAGCAUAAAUCUCCACCAACGCUUGACAACACGUUGCACGUCCAAGUUCUGGUUCAAAAAGAAAAAGUGGAGUGCACAGUAUAACUAACCGGAUUAUUUAUAUGUACAUGUACGCACUCUAUGUGAUGUUAUACUGCGGAAUCCUUGCGCAAACGCCAGGCUGGAUAUACGCAGAUUCUGAAAAGAUCAUCGCACAACCAUUACAAAGUGUUUACAGAUCAGUGUGCCGGUUUUUUUCUGUCAAACAUCGCACUUGAUAUGCGGGCCAGUACUUGAGUAAGGAUACGUUAUAUAAAACCCGCUAGGGUUUGGUUUGUUGGUGCAGAGUAUUGGAUAUUCGGAUGGUUAAACGUAACCUGUGCAAAAUUUAAGGCAGAAUCACCGUCCGAUCAUGGCACCCACCGCACGCGACGACGCCAUCAGCGCGGCCGCAUCCAUCGCACCAUCCACAUACUACCAUGCCAACCGGAACGGCCUGUCCACCAUGACACACCGUGAUCGCGAGCCGAAAUCCUCCUUUAACUACACCACACCAACGUAUUCAUCCAAACCACCGCCGGCCAGUAGUGUCAGCCUCACCGGCAACAGCAUUGUGGACUAUAUUCGCCAGCAGGAUCGCAUGCGCGCCCACCGUGACGCUAACAGCUCCAGCGGCCGCGGCUCACAGUCCAGUCUGGACCGGGCCGGAUUGAGCUCGCCCUCGGCGUCCAGUACGUCUUCGUUCCCGGCGUAUUCAAAUGGCGACGGCAGCUACGGACGUAGUCGGCCUAUUUUUGGGCCCACGCGGGCGUAUUCGUCAGCGGCCGAUCGGAAAUCUAUUUUGGACCCGACGGAUGUGCUGCGGCCGGUGACAACAACUGCCGGCGUCGGCGCCCAGUAUGGACGCCGCAGUGGAUCGUAUUCAAGGACACCGGGGUCGGAUUAUAGUGAUCGGGAAUCCAUCUAUGACUACAGCUCACGCUCCGGAUCCGUGUCGCGGACGGGGACAGGAUACAGUCGCGAUAGCUCGCUGGAAAGACCACGGGAUGUGAAUAGAACGGGAAGCAGUCGGUUCAGUCGGAAGCCCACCGUCGACAGCGAGGAUGAAGACAGCGUUUCCGUUGCCGGCUCCGUUAAACUCCGAUCGGCGCCAUCUUCCUCCUUGUCGGCGAAUAAGGCAUCGCUGCCGCCCGUCAGUCCGCACUCAACCUCCUUGUCGCGGCAGACCUCCAACGGCUACUCGUCCAGUCGGCCAUCCAGUAGCGCCUCCUACUAUCAGCCGCUACAGCGCUCGGACAGUCGCUCCUCGUUAACGGGAACGCGAGAGUCCAACCUGAUCCCGACCAGUGUGUCCAACGGGGGAUUAAGCCGGUUGAACAGUAACGCCUCGUCCAUUGGAUCGCGAUCCUACAGUCGGGCAGGAUCGCGGGAUGCCUCUGUUAGUUUUGAUUUGAGCAAUAUUUCCAAGCGGGAUCCCAGUCCGGCGGUGUUGGUUAGUCGGGUGGCCGUGGAACGGGAUAUCCCCAUUCAAGUCGAGCGCGACGACGCCGUUGAAUCUCGGUAUGUGGUUUCCAAGUUCCCUGUGGAAAUCAGCGAUGACGUUAGCCGCAAUGUGCCUUUAGCCUCCGCGCCGCAUCGAGUGCGGGAGCGUGAUCCCAGCUUAGACCGAUCAAGGCCAGCUGUUUCCGUCACCCGGGGACGGGAGAUUAAUUCGAAAUAUGAACCGGUGCAAAACGGCUAUAAACGAACGGAAAGCCGUGAGCGCGUUAUUGGCGGGAAGAAUUUCGCGUCCGACAGCAGUCUGGGUACAUCCAGCAGCGAUGACGAUAUCACCGCCACCACAAAGUAUACGAGUAGUAUUAUACGCGCUGAUUCGCCACCCACACCGCGGAGGUCUGGACUGCUGGCCCGCAAGACGUCCACCAUUAAUGUUGACGAAUCCGAUAAAGCCGGACUGGUUGGACUAAAAAAUCUGGGCAAUACGUGUUUCAUGAACUCCAUCCUACAAUGUCUAAGCAAUACACGACCCCUGCGUGACUACUGUCUGCAGACAAGUGAGUUUGAAUCGGAAGUGAACACGACCACCAGUCAGAUGAAGGGAACGUUGAUAUCCGCCUUUGCGGCUGUUCUGGAGGCCAUGUGGAAACGCAUUUCCAGCUACUCCACCAGCACGCCCUACGUGCCCGACCGCUUCCAUCGGCAAGUCCAGCAGUAUGCGCCGCGUUUUUCGGGAUAUCUGCAACAGGACGCUCAAGAAUUUCUCCGCUACCUUCUGGAAGGCCUGCAUGAAGAUGUGAAUCGCAUCAAAGAAAAGCCGGCCACGGAAGCGGCAGACAUACCGGAGCAUCUGCCGGACGCACAAAAAGCUUCGGAAUCGUGGAAACGGUAUCUGAAGCGGGACAACAGCAAAAUUGUUGAUCUUUUUGUGGGUCAGCUGAAGAGUUCCUUGAUCUGCGAGUCGUGCAACUAUUGCUCAGUUACUUAUGAUCCGUUUUGGGAUCUUUCGCUACCUAUUCCCGGCAGCCGGAGUCGUUCCACCUAUGCAUCACCACCUUCCACCAGCAUAGACGAAUGCUUUAAAUUAUUUGUACGGGAAGAGACAUUGGAUGGAGACGAAAGUCCCACGUGCUGUCAUUGUAAAACGAAGCAGCGGUGCCGCAAGUUUUUUACCAUCCAACGCUUCCCAAAAUAUCUAGUCAUCCAUCUUAAGCGUUUCUCUCAAGAGCGCUUCCGUGCCAAAUUGUCAACGAUGGUCGAAUACCCGGUCGAUGGGCUGGACCUCAGUAAUUUUGCCGCCGACACCGCUGUCGGUCCGAAGCCCCGCUAUAAUUUAUACGCCGUAGUCUGCCAUUCGGGGAGUACACACUGUGGACACUAUGUGUCUUAUUGCAAGCAUCCGGUUACCAACAAGUGGAACGAGUAUAAUGAUGCCAGAGUUUCGCCUGCGAAAGAAGAUGAUAUUGUUACGUCUGAAGCCUAUCUGCUGUUUUAUGAGCUGGCCAACUAGAGCAGCUAGUGCAGCUAGUGCAGCUUGUAUCCCGGAUUAUUUAUUUUCCAGUUACAAGGAAAGCAUGAAACGUCGAUGGCUUAUGCAAACGCUACAUGUGCACAAGUGCUCUGUACAGAAUUUUCGGUGGCAUUUCACACGCUUCGCCCGGAUACACAGCACUAUUUAAUGAGUUUCAAAACAGUUAAUGUAUUUUUGAUAAAUAUAUGUGAGAGCUGUUAAAGAUGUAUUUAAAAUGCAAACCGCUGGAGUCGGCUUUAUUUUUCAGUCAAAUGCCAGACUGUAGUUUCAAAUUGCUGAUGCCAAUGGAUACGGAAUUGUCAAGAGUUUGUGAUUUUUGCUACGCCUUUCAGUAACUAACCUCAUGCAUUUUGUCUAGCAAAAAUCGUUGUAUUUCGUAAAGCUGGGCAGUAAUAGCUCGUAUACAGUCGCUUCUUGCAAUAAAGUCAUGAAGUGUCGGUUCAGUU